UGUCGUGCCACAGCACAAUUCCGAAUCGAGAUCAGUGAUUGGCUUUACAUAGUUAUCACAUUUUCUAUUGGCUGUCUGUCUUGUAAUUUAGUACCAUGUGCGUGCAACUAUGUUACACAACAGAAAAUAAAGUUACAGUUUUGAAGAGUGGAGGUGGCGACUUUGUCCUACCGCACACGUGGACGUUGGCUAAGCCUUUGAAUAGUGCCAGCAGGGAAAUAUGGAACCGGUAAAAAAAGAUGCGAAGACGAAUCCAUCGGCAACAGCUAAUCUUUUCUCCCAGGUAUUCUUCUGCUGGCUAAAUCCUUUGUUCCGCAUUGGAUACAAACGAAGGCUAGAGGAAGAUGACAUGUACAAAGUGCUUCCGGAGGAUGGAUCUGAAAGACUGGGAGAGGAACUACAGAGUCUUUGGGACCAUGAGGUGCAGAAGGCUGCUAAAGAUCUCAGGCCUCCCAAACUCACCAAAGUCCUGAUCAAGUGCUACUGGAAACCCUACGCAGUGUUGGGGAUCUUUACUCUUAUUGAGGAGGUGAUUAAGGUGAUCCAGCCAGUGUUCUUGGGAAAGCUGAUCCAAUACUUUGAGAAGUACGAUCCUGAUAAUAUGGAUGCACUGUAUGAGGCCUUUGGCUACGCUGCUGGUGUCUGUCUGUCCACCAUGAUCUUGGCUGUCACGCAUCACCUUUACUUCUUCCACGUCCAGAGGACCGGCAUGAAAAUGCGAGUAGCCAUGUGUCACAUGAUCUAUAAGAAGGCCCUGUGUCUCAGCAGUGUAGCGAUGGGAAAAACAACCACAGGCCAAAUAGUGAACCUGCUAUCCAACGAUGUCAACAAGUUUGAUGAGGUGACUAUUUUCCUGCACUUCCUGUGGGUAGGGCCUCUCCAGGCGGCGGCCGUCCUGGGGCUGCUGUGGGUGGAGAUUGGCCCAUCAUGCCUCGCAGGCAUGGCCGUCCUCGUCAUCCUUAUGCCAACGCAGACCAUGUUUGGAAGGCUCUUCUCCAAGUUCAGGAGUAAAACAGCAGCCUUGACAGACAAUAGGAUACGCACAAUGAAUGAAGUGGUGUCUGGAAUCAGGAUCAUCAAAAUGUAUGCCUGGGAGAAGCCCUUCUCAGCACUGGUCAAUGAAGUCAGAAGGAAAGAGAUCUCCAAGAUCAUGUCGAGCUCCUACCUGCGAGGCCUCAACAUGGCCUCCUUCUUUGCGGCCAGUAAGAUCAUAGUCUUCAUCACCUUCACCAUCUACGUCCUCCUGGGGAACACCAUCUCAGCCAGCCGGGUGUUUGUGACCGUGUCUUUGUACAGUGCCGUCCGCCUCACCGUCACCCUCUUCUUCCCCUCGGCCGUAGAGAAACUGUCUGAGACGCGCAUCAGCGUCCGUAGGAUCAAGACUUUUCUCCUGUUGGAUGAGAUUGUGAAAAGCAACCAUGGAUUUCUCCAGGAGGAGAAGCAAGAGCCCUCUGUGGAAAUCCAGGACCUGAUUUGCUACUGGGACAAGAGUCAGGACGCCCCGUCUCUCCAGAACCUGUCACUCACAGUAAAGUCAGAGCAGCUCGUCGCCGUCAUUGGUCCUGUGGGGGCUGGAAAGUCCUCUCUGCUCAGCUCCAUCCUGGGGGAGCUGCCUCACGACAAGGGGGUGUUGAAGGUCAAAGGUCAGCUGACCUACGCCUCCCAGCAGCCCUGGGUGUUCCCUGGAACCAUCCGCAGCAACAUCCUGUUUGGCAAAGAGCUCCAUCCUCAGAAGUAUGAGAAGGUCCUGAGAGCCUGCGCCCUCAAGAGGGACAUGGAGCUGCUGCCAGACGGGGACCUGACAUUGAUAGGGGACAGAGGAGCAACCCUCAGUGGGGGACAGAAAGCUAGAGUGAACCUGGCCCGGGCUGUGUACCAGGAUGCUGAUAUCUACCUGCUGGACGACCCUCUAAGUGCUGUGGAUGCUGAGGUCGGGAGACACCUGUUUGAACAGUGUAUUUGUGGUAUUCUGAAGAAUAAGCCCCGCAUCCUGGUCACCCACCAGUUGCAGUACCUCCAAGCAGCCAACCAGAUCCUCGUCCUCAAGGAGGGUCACAUGGUGGCAAGGGGGACGUACAGCGAACUCCAGCGCUCUGGGGUCGACUUCACCUCCCUCCUGAAGAGGGAAGAGGAGGGGCCACAAGCCCCAGGGGCGGAGACUGAAAGCCGCUCGCCACGCAGCCGCACCCUCUCGCAGAAUUCCGUGGUCUCCCACACCUCCUCCAUACGUUCUGUUAAAGAUGGAACUGAUCAGCUUCCGGCAGAGCCUGUCCAGACAAUAGUCGAGGAGAGCCGCUCAGAGGGGACCAUCGGCGUCGGCCUCUAUGUCAAGUACCUGAAGGCAGGCGCCAACAUCCUGGUGUUGAUAGGAGUUGUAUUACUUCAGUUCCUAGCUCAGGCAGCAUAUAUUCUACAGGACUGGUGGCUGGCAUAUUGGGCAGGAGAGCAGGAGAAGCUCAACGUUAACGGCACUGUGACCGUCCCAAAUGGUGUCAACGUCACUGAAGAGCUGAGCCUGGAUUUCUACCUCGGCAUUUACGCAGGUUUGACUGGAGCAACUCUCAUCUUUGGCUUUGCCAGGAGUCUGAUGAUGUUCAAUGUGCUGGUGAAAGCUGCUCAGUCUCUGCACAACCGCAUGUUCAACUCUAUCCUCCGGACACCUGUACGCUUCUUUGACAUCAACCCAAUUGGAAGAGUCCUCAACCGCUUCUCUAAGGACAUCGGCCAACUGGACGCGGCCUUACCUUGGACCUUUGUGGACUUCAUUCAGAUAUUCCUGCAGAUCAUCGGUGUGAUCGCUGUAGCGGCCUCCGUCAUCCCCUGGAUCCUCAUCCCAUUGGUUCCUCUUGUCAUCGUCUUUCUGUUCCUGAGACGCUACUUCCUGCAGACGUCACGAGAUGUGAAGCGCCUGGAAUCCACCACUCGGAGUCCAGUCUUUUCCCACCUGUCCUCGUCCCUCCAAGGUCUGUGGACGAUCCGGGCCUUCAGAGCCGAGGAGAGAUUCCAGAACACCUUUGACACUUAUCAGGAUCUGCACUCAGAAUCCUGGUUCCUGUUCCUGGUCACCUCUCGCUGGUUUGCCGUCCGCCUGGAUGGCAUGUGCGCUGUCUUCGUCACCAUCACCGCCUUCGGCUGCCUUCUGCUCCGAGACCAGGUGGAGGCUGGAUCUGUAGGCCUGGCGUUGUCCUACGCUGUGACUCUCAUGGGGAUGUUCCAGUGGGGGGUGCGGCAGAGUGCUGAGGUGGAGAACAUGAUGACGUCAGUGGAAAGGGUGGUGGAGUACACAGAGCUGGAGAGUGAAGCACCCUGGGAAACCCAGAAGCGUCCUCCCCCUGAGUGGCCAAGCCAAGGCCUCAUCACCUUUGACCGGGUCAGCUUCUCCUACAGCUCAGACGGACCUGUCGUCCUGAAGGACAUGAAGGCCAUGUUCAGGCCCAAAGAGAAGGUUGGCAUCGUGGGCAGGACGGGUGCAGGGAAAAGCUCCCUUGUAUCGGCGCUCUUCCGCCUGGCAGAGCCAGAGGGCAGGAUCUACAUCGAUGGAGUUCUGACCUCCGAGAUCGGCCUUCAUGACCUGCGCCAGAAGAUGUCCAUCAUACCUCAGGACCCAGUGCUUUUCACAGGCACUAUGAGGAAGAACCUGGACCCUUUCAGCCAGCACACAGACGAGGACCUGUGGAAUGCUCUCCAAGAGGUCCAGCUGAAGUCUGUGGUGGAGGAGCUGCCCAAUAAGAUGGAGACGGUUCUGGCUGAGUCGGGCUCCAACUUCAGUGUGGGUCAGAGGCAGCUGGUCUGUCUGGCCCGAGCCGUCCUGAGGAAGAACCGCAUCCUCAUCAUCGACGAGGCCACGGCCAACGUGGACCCCAGAACAGACGAGUUGAUCCAGAAGACAAUACGAGACAAAUUCAGGGAGUGCACCGUGCUCACCAUCGCCCACCGCCUCAACACCAUCAUAGACAGCGACCGCAUUCUGGUUCUAGACGCGGGUCAGAUCCACGCAUACGACGAGCCCCACACCCUACUUCAGAACCACGAUGGUAUCUUCUUCAAGAUGGUCCAGCAGACAGGCAGGCAGGAGGCCGUUGCCCUCCUGCAGUCAGCUAAACAGGCAUACAAUAGCCGGAGUCGUCCCAGUACGACCAACGGCGGGGUCGGCGCAGACGGUAACUUGGUCAUCUUUGAGACGGCCCUGUAAGAACCUAGAGGAGGCUUUGACUAUUGUUUAAAGCCUGGAGUACUGCUCCUCGGAGUUGGCUGGCACUGCAGUCCCAUGGCAUUCUACAGAGAUCAACAGUGCCUUAUCACCCAGCAAACACUACAUGUUGGAAACUCCAUUUGGACAGGAAUUGCAACGGUUUGGUCCAGUUGGGGCUGAGUUGAGUUAAAUCCACUUAUGCAGUUGUAGGGAAUUUUUUUUCCCCAAGCUAAAAAAAAAGUUGGGAAAGUACGUGGUGGGAUAACACUAAAUGUUAACUGUCGCUUAUUUUUUUAUUUUAUUUAUCAUUAUAUGAACAUGCAGUAACCAAUCAAUCGAUUUAAAGUAAUAAUCAUUGAGACCCAUGACAAUUGAUUGUAUAAUCGUGACUUGACUGAUAUUUGAGACAGACUUGCGUAUACAAUUUACAAGGGCCAACAUUUGAGGACUCUUUCCUUAGAUUCAUAUGUGGCCAAUUAAUAUCCGAUUUGAAAGUAAAUACUACGUAAUGUGGUUUAGUGCUUUCAUUUUUUGCAGCAGUUUUAUUUUAAUAAUUUCUAUAUAAAUCAUAUUUAUUAUAAAUGUAAUUUGUAUUCAAAGUAAAAACAUAAGUUAUUUAGCCAUACCAAAGCAAUCUCAUAUAAAGUGUAAUUUUUUUGUUGUUGCAUACCAGUGAUGUAAACAUUUUUUUUUAAAGACAACUUAUUGCACCAGCAGCUCCAAAUAUAUUUACUGUAUCUGCUGUAGUCACUGCAUCAAUGUACCAAAUAGGGUUUGUGAAUGUCUUCUGAAACUCAAUACUCAGGUAGUUUGAAUAUGAAUCCCACUAAAUAUUUAGUCAAAAGGGCAAUUUCUCAGGCAACAAUGUUGCAAAUACUGUCUGGGAGUGGCCUGAGUGGGAGGGGAAAACUGACAAUUGGCUUAUUGGCAGAGAGGUUUGGAACACUCUUUCUUAUUGGUCUAUUAACUAAUUUACCGCAUGGUGAUGUCACCAUGGAAGGCCAAAACUCGAUCCCAAAAUUGCCUGAAAUUUCAGGCUGUCUUUUCAAACAGCUCUUACACUACAAGGGCAUCAUCAUUUUCAUAAUUUCAUAGUAUUACUCCAAUAGUGUGGAGAAGUAUAUGAAACACAGGAAAAUCAUGUUUGACUGCACUGGGUUAAGAAAUGGUUAGUCAUGUAGAUUAGAAAUGUGAUUAGUGAGGAAUGUUGGGUAAGGUUGAAAAACAAGUUGCGCGCCGGAUUCAAACUGGCAACCUAACCUAGGAAAAUCACGUUUGGCUGCACUGGGACUUGAAAUGGUGUAUACGGGAGCUUUUCUAGCUUGUAAUUGACUGUGCCUUUUUAUAUUCAGCAUUGAUCCUCAUCGUCAGGUCUUGUCAGAUGAGUUUACAUGAAUGCAUAUCACUUCUAUUUCUGAGAGUGAUUUUAAAGGCUAGAUUCAAUCUGUAGCGCAGAAGCUCCCCAGUAUAGUAUGAUUGAAAUGUAAAGGUCAUUUCUGAUUAAGCUGAUGUGGUGUUUACAUUGAAUAGAGUCCCCACGCACGCUGGAAAAUUGAAAGGCAAUUGCGCUAUAGUGUGGAACUAACGCCAUACGGAUUAAAUAAAGCCCUUAAUCAAUUUGUUUUAUA